CACACAACUCACGGCUCUCUCACUCACACCCACCAGAGCACACUUCCAACAACUCUGGCCCUCUGACUGAGCAGCAGACGCACCGGCCUUUGUCUAUCACACAGUUUCCAUUUCCCUUUUUCACCUUCGUACCGCCGUACUUCGCACAUCAAGAGAGCAAGCACACGUCAACACCAUGGCUGCCCCACCUCCGCCCACGACAACAACGGUUGCUGCGCCAGCGAACGCCGGCUCCGCCCUGGCUCGCCGCGCGCUGAGAGAGCGGCGAGCCCAGCGUCAGGCGCAGGCCUCGCAGUUGAUGCUCUCCUCGAGGCGCUGGGUGGCCGCCGCGGUGGCCUCGUCCGGGUGCCCUUCCUUGCAGCACGUGCACCUCGAGGAAAUGCGACGCAACCUCAUCGCGCGUCGACGCGGGUACCAGAUCCAGCAGCAGCAGCAGCAGCAGCGGCAGCGGCAGCGGCAGCAGCGGCAGCAACAGCAACAGCAACAGCAUCACCACCACAUCAACGCCCCUUCUUCUCCUGGCCUAUCCGCCGCCGUGAGCGCCGCCGCCGCAGCACCGGCAGCAGCAGCAGCAGCAGCUGUACCGCCUGACGCACACCUCAUCGCGUUGCUGAAGAAGAGGGGCCGCACACCCAAGGCGAUCGUCAGCUCGGCGGAGGCAGGGUACAGCGUACCGCCAACCGCCAAGCAGAUCAUGGACUACGACGCGCAGCCGCACCUGAGCGGGCUCGCCAGGACGGGCGACAUGGAAGGGCUGCAGAGGGCCGUGAACGCAGGCAGACGCAUGGAUGCUUGCAACAAGUUCGGCGAGUCCGUCGUGCACGUCGCCUGCCGCCGCGGCAACCUGCCCCUCCUCCUGUUCUUGGUGGCCAACGGCGGCUCCCUCACGGCCUGCGACGACCUGGGCCGCUUCCCGCUGCACGAGGUCUGCUGGGCGGCGCAGCCCCGCUUCGACAUCGUCCGCGUGUUUCUGGAACACGAGCGGGAGACCAACAACCGGCGUCGCCAGAGCAGCAGCAGCAGCUGCAGUAGCAGCGAUGCGACCACAGUCAGCGGUGCAAGCACCACCACCAGCGAUGGCGAGAGCACCCGCUCCGGAAGCGACAGCAUGGCUGACGACGGCGACAACAGCAAAAACAACAACGACAACAUCGUCGUCGACCUGAACAUGCUCCUGGUGACCGACAAGCGAGGCUGCAGCCCGCUGCGCUAUGUGAAGGAGGAGUCAUGGCCGGCUUGGCGGCAGUUCCUGGACGAGGUGGUUGACGAGUUCUGGCCGUCCCUCGUUUGAGCACGCACGCACUCACGCAGCAAACGAAAUAGCUGUACAGCUGCUGUAUUUUGUUAUACCAUGUCGUCUAGGGAACAUCGAUAUACAUAAGGAAAAGUUAAGCCACCGUAUCGAGGAAACGGGGCUACAUCACUUGCGGGAUUGGUGCUACGGGGCACGGUGUUCCCGGGGAAGGAAAUUAGCGGGGUGGGGGGGGGUUCGGAGGCCGAACCGUCGCCGUUACGAGAAAACACGUGACAACAACCUUCCAGGUGCUUGGCGGGAACAAUUUCCGGGUGCUGGGAGGUUGGUGCGCGGUAGGACUCCUAGAGGCAAGGGUAGAGGGGGCUCGAGGGGGGGGGGCUGAGAAAGCGGCCGUGGUGUGAAACGGACCAAGAAAUACUUUUCUGUUUUUUUUUUUGUGUCUACCUUUGUCUGCUUGACCUUCUUCUCUGUAUUAAGCGUCGUGUUACUUGCUCCCCAUUGUGUUGGCGAGGCCGUCUUUCUUUUUUUUGUGUGAAGCCGAGCCUGUUAUAGCGGAUUGUCUUGGUGUCUCCUACUGUUCUGUGAGUGCAAUGCCUGUUCUGUCGGCUGCAUCACGCGCUACUUUGUUGCGUCGCUUGCUUUCUGUAGGUUGUUUUUUGUUGCUGUGAGCACAACUGUGAUUGUGGGUAGAAGCUGGUCUCGGUUGUGUGUGGUUAUGUUUGUUGCCCUCGCGUAGUCAGCAGUUGGACCAUAUAUCGUUUAGUCCGCGUUCUGGGACACCGAAGAAGGUACCACGCUGCUACUGCGCAUGUUUGAAGAGUGUGAUGGUCUCACGCUUUGAUUCACGUUCUUCUACAUUAUGGUGUUAAAUAAAAUUGUGGUGGUGACGUGUACUCGCGGGGACCCGUGGCAAACGUUCCCUGGACUGUACCUUUCGUUAGUUCGUUUUCUUGGCGCGGGAAGCCGUAGGGGCGUUACCCGGGAUUGUACCUUGUUCGUUGUUGUUGUUUUCCUUAGAUCGUGUUUCUCUGUAGCUGGCUGGGCGCUUUGCGCACCCAGUCGCCGUCGGAGUCAAGACUGGUUUGCUGCGAUUUUCACGGAAAGAGCUACUACUCCACAAAAGGAGCGUGUCGUUGUCGUCGUCGUCGUGUACUUUUUUUUUUCUUGAUGACGCGACGUGCUAUUUUUCCGCGCACAGGAGACGCAUGUUGAUCGGGGUGUGUCGUGUUCGACCCUUGUAUUCUGGAGCCAGGUCUCCAUAUACCUUUCGGCAUGUAUCUGACAUACGUAUUUAUCAGCUCGGGUCACAUACACCCGGGAAGAAGGUAGCAAGUCCAGUAGGGAUUUAUUUGUUUUUUUCCUUUUCAGUAGGAGCUGUGUAGAAGGAGCGGUGGUGCAGCAUGCAGACACCGACGAAUUGAAGGGAUAUGAAGAGUUAAGAAACCAAACGGAAUCGUCAAGUCACAAGCACGAAUACAUGCGGAGCACGCCAGUACCAUUCUUUUUAUUCGGCUGCUGCUGCUGCUGCU